AUGCGGGUGGACUGCGAGCGCCUCACCGAGCUGACGAGCAAACUCAAGGACAUGGAGGCCAAGGUGCGCCUGAUGGAGUCGGGGGACAGGGCGGCAGGGGACUCGAGCAAUGAGCUCCCGGCCGAAGCCGCGGGUCAAGGGGCCCACGGGCCUGAGGUCACGGCAGAGGUCGCGUUCGGGUCCCUCCUCCCGCAAGGGCCCAUGGGCCUGCCUGGCCCUCAAGGGCUCCAAGGGGAGAGGGGACCGGCCGGACAGCCCGGGAAGCAAGGCCCUGUUGGACCGGCUGGACAACCGGGACCCCCAGGAAUUCCCGGGAGACCUGGCACCGAAGGGACCCGUGGAAAAGCAGGACCCAUGGGACCCACAGGCCGGCCCGGCGUGGCGGGGCGAACCGGCCCCACCGGUGGGCUGGGUCCUAUGGGACCGCCUGGAGGAAUAGGGGUCCCCGGCCCCCCCGGACUCCCGGGGUCCCCCGGACCUCCUGGCCCCCCUAGUCCCACGUCGAGCAACCAGAACGUGGCUCUGGCCCGAGGAGAGAGGAGCCGCCUCCCCCACGUGCACGCUGACGUGGUACGAGCGGGGGAUGUGGGGCCCAUCGGCACCCCCGGACCCAUCGGACCCCCAGGAGAUCCCGGUCCCCAGGGCCCUCGUGGUUUCCCAGGGAGGGAUGGUCUCCCAGGGCCGGAGGGGAGACCUGGGCUUCUGGGACCUAGGGGAGAGAAAGGCGAGCUGGGGGAGCGCGGAGAGCGGGGAUCGCGUGGUCCCCAGGGUGACACUGGAGCGAAAGGGAGCAAGGGGGAGUCCUCCGACGGCUGGCAGGCCUUCCAGGAGCUACAGGCCGAGUUUCAGCUGCUGCUGCGUCGCGUAACUCUACUGGAGGAGAUGGUGUGGCCAGAGCCACUCCCGGCCGGCGAGGCAGAAGGUGGAGUCGACGCUGGUCGUCUCCUGGAGCUCAGGAGGAGGAGAGUGGCUCCACGCACGCCCGGACAAGCGACCUCGGUGGCCUGAACCGCGCGUCGCGACCAAACACCAAAAAAAAAACUGGAAAGGCCACGGCAGGCCCGGUACUGGAGCUUGCGCUACGGGUUAGGGUUGCCACCUGUCCUGGUUUUCCCAGGAUUAUCUUCAUUUGUGGAGGUAGCUGCUGUCCUUGGCAAAUAUGUAAACCUUCCCGGGAUAUCAAAAGUCUCAGUUCCGUAGUUACAGUACGAAUAUUAAUAAUAGUGGUACACAGCGCAAGGCAAUGCAUUUACAUGUGGUUCUCCCCUCUCGCGGUAUUGUGAGAUAUUCUUCUCAUUCCCAUGAAACAUCCCGGUUUUUUUGGACCUUAGCUAUGGGGCAGGGGUGGUGUGAAGGGGGGGGGGGGGUUGGGGAGUGGUAGGAAGGUGAAAUUGACAGCUGUAUGUUCUUAGCAGAGGGUGGUGGGGGGGGGAUGUACACCACAUCCAGUGUCCCUUUCACUAUGGCUCUGGCUACUACUACGAGUCACGUGCCACCCUACUGCACGCGACCAGCGACUCGGAAAACGAUUCGGUGACAAACUUGGCCCAUGGCUGUAAAACUCUCCCCACUUGGCUCGAAGCGCUGCCUCUAAACGGGGGAAGAGGCACAGAGUAAGGGGGCAAUGCUGCUCUUUAGUCGAGAGGCAGAAACCCGAUUGAAUAAAUAUUUGAUGGGUGGGCGGGGGGGGCACUAGGUUUUCAGUUAAGGGUAGGAACAAGCAGACCAAGCAGAAGGUUGAUAAUAGUGUCUGUCUUCUGUCAACCCCUUCCGUAUUGCCACCAACAAGUGCCAGCUGGAUGAAGUGUGUGCAGUGACUCCGCUACUUACGAACUUUCAGAGACACGGACAAACUUUUCCAAUCUUGAUUUGAUCUUGAUUUGAAACUUGUCCAAUUGCCUGUUCGGACUGAAAGUCGUAAGUUCAACCGCCGCGCAAUAGAUGGCGGUGAUUGCAUCUGUAUCUACAGAACAUGAAGAGCCAGUGGCAUCAACAUCUACGGGACAUUAUGCAACUUUUAGAGUACACGCCGUAGCAACACGUUUGGAAUAAACAGGGGUAAAGUUGGGACUUUCGAACAAAUCGACUUACGAACAGAACUCUGUAACCUAACUCGUUCGUAAGUAGAGGAGUUCCUGUAAAUGCUUUGUCCACGGCCUUCAAAGGCGUUCGCCAACAGCACUUGCCCUAUAGUCUGUUAAGGCUGUAUGGGGGAUGUUUUUUUGUCUUGUAUCUCCUGCUCAUUUCUCUCUUGAUGGUCCUUCGCCAGUAGUGGAAAUUCCACAUUCCUAUGGCAAGGGCCGGUCUGUCCACAGCAUAACCCUAAUACUAAGCCGGUCUUGCCUCGCCUUGCAGAGAUAAUACGGUUAAGGGCAGAAAUGCCAAAUGCGUGUAGUGACCCCGCCAUUAUGUCCCCAUAACAUCCCAGAUCAUCUCCACUGCCAUUCCCUGACCAGCGGUGGAAAUUCCACGUUUCCAUGGCAGGGGUCAGUCUCUCCAUAGGACGGUCACUUGUUCACAUCCCACAAAGCGGUAUCUAUUUUAUCACCCCCUAGAUAGGUCGUCCACAAGAUGUCGCCGUGGCAGUGAUGAUGGUCGACGCUCGUGUUGGCGACACGGUUAACAGAGCAACGUCGCGUAUCUGAUCCUCUUAUCCAUCCUGUCCAAUUAACCGCCCACGCCGAGUGGAGGAUUUCAUUUUUAUAUCAGCGUGGUGUCACUGACAUGUUUCGAUCUUGUUCGUGUCUAGUUCCCGUCCUCUCUUCGUGUUCAGACGAUGAAACCGAAUGAGAUCUCUCCACCCCUCCCCCCUCCCUGUCUCACGCCAGCUUCACGGCCUCCUCCACCCUUGUGUCGCACUUUUAUUUUGUUCUGAAUUCUUAUUUAAUUUCCGUCAAUUCAGCGCACCGUUGCUCUCCCUCCGUUGCUUUACAUAUCGGGCGCCGCGGUGGCUAGGAGAUGUUAACUCCGUCGCCGGGUAUGCAGGAGGUCGUGUGUUCGACCCCCGACCCUGACGCCUGCUGCUGUAAUUUUGCAGUUUUCAUGUUUCUCUCGCCGUGGUCGCGUGGAUUUUUACUCCAGGGCUUCCCUUCACGUUUCGAGACGUACCUUUUUGGAGUAUAUGGCUGCUGUACAUUUACGCAUCGUAAUCCACUUCAUUUAGCUUUCAUUUUUGGCCAGGAUGCUUCUGAAACAGAGCUAUAUAUAUCAGUGGGCCUUACCCGGUAAAAUAAAAAAUUGUUCAGUUUUUAGCUCCAUGCGUAUACGUGUGCGCGUGCUAGUGUGAGUGAUAUGUAGCGGUUAGCACGCUGCGCUACGAACCCGGUGACCCGAGUUCGAUUCCCGUUCACGGCCAACACCAGUGACGAUUAUUUGAACCAGUCCUGGGCCUUUUCUAGGUCGAUUCAGCCUGAAAUGAGUACCUGGUGCGGGGUGUAAACAUCGCAACUCAGAAGACAAAGGCGGUCGGGCGUGGUGCUGGCCACCCACCCCCUCGUGUACCGUUCCGGCCUUCAUAGAUACUCGCUAACAGCACUUGCCCCAACAGUCCGUUAAGGCUACGUGGGGGGGGGGGGGGGUCUUUGUCUUUGUAGUGUAACGCCAAGUUGCGGUAUUCUUUCCAGAUCCAUUCCAAACCACCGGAUUCGUCUCUCUCUUGGAUCAGUGUCACCCCAUGCCCCAGUCGUUCUCUCAUUGCGCCGCACCUCAUUGCUCCUGAAGUCUAGAAACCUCUCCUCUGUAUUCUCAGUGAGCAGUCGCUAAUUUUUCGUUCAUCGGAUUGUCUCAUGCUCCAACAUUCGGCGCCCAACGUAUAGGUUCAUAUACACCUUGGCUUUUGUUGCCGCGUAAAUAUAUUCCAGUUGACUUUAUAUCUUGCUGAGAUUUUGGUAAGGUAAGACGUUCACAAAUCAAUCUCGCGCUUGUUCAGUCACUCCUAAAGCACAGUCGAGCGUCUCCCCGUGUUUAAAGACGUGGAGGGGAACAACCUUCAUUCUCUCUUUGAUGUUCACUAUCUUUCUAUACCUCAAGUCCCCGAGCAAAGUCGACGUUGUGCCGUAUAGCAAGUGGGAAGUGAAUUUCAUGUGCAUCAAGCAGUAUAGGGACGUGUGUUUUUUGAUAAAUUCAAUUUCUUGGUGCUCAUAAUAAUUUUUUGUACAAUAAUAUUUUUACACGUUGAUUUUUUUUCAAUGUUUGUUUUAACUUGAAGCUACGGAGCUGCGCAUUUAUUUAAAUUUGAAUGCCGCUUCGUGCACACGACAUCGGCGUUAAACGAAAAUGCAACAGCAACAACAACAACGACUUCCUUUCAAAGCAUUUACGCAUUCAUCCCGUCUUGUAACGAUGAUGUUACCAAACUCUCGUACAAAAUUGUGUUGCUGAUAGGGACUUGCCCUAUUACCAACUGGCCUUAUUGAUAAAAGGGCUUGCCCUAAUACCAACUGUACUUAUUGAUAAAAGGGCUUGCCCUAUUACAAACUGGCCUUAUUGAUAAAAGGACUUGCCCUAUUACAAAAUGGCCUUAUUGAUAAAAGGCCUUGCCCUAUUACAAACUUACCUCAUUGAUAAAAGGGCUUGCCAAAAAAUUGCAGACUCCAUCCAGUACCAAAGGACGCUCGGUGCGUUUUGGAGGUAUUUAUUGAUAUUUAUUGUUAUAAAUACCUCCAAAGGCAAACGCGUGUUGAAAAGUGCUACAUGAUCCAUGCUUAUGCAUAAUUUUCCCUAAAUAGUUUAAAUGUAAUUACCGAAAUAACAUCGAUCCACGGUAAUCUGACAGCAGUUCAAGUAUUUAUAAAUUUCGAUUUAAAGCUUUCGUGACUGCAGGGAUUAAUCUUCUUGGUUCUUUCGGUAAAGUCACGUAGAAGGGAAGUAAUAAAAUAAUAAAAAUAAAACAUAAUAAAAUAAUUCUCACGACGUUUCGGCUACAAUGCAAGCAGCCGUCUUCAGGUGAAGAAUGAAACACUGCCAAGCUUGGAGCGUAUAUAUAAGCUGGGUUGGAGGUGGAAGAAGAGCGCCUUGACAAAAUAAUUUGCAUAUCAACAGGAAUUUAGCAUAUUUAUGGGAAAUGCGUAGGUAUGUUCCUGUAAAUAUCAAACUGGACUUUUGUGGUGGCCCAGUGGCACAGAGGUCAGAGACGGACCAGCCAGUAUCGCUGAGAACCUGGGUUCGAGUCCGUGUUUCAGCCACCCGUGAUUCAAUCUGGUUCCGAUGUGUAGAGAGUGCAUGUACACACGCACAAUAAAUAGCGUUCCACGCGCGUGCCACCCUCCUACCAACAUUGAAUGUGAUCAGAGUCAGAAUAUUUAGUUAUACUGGAGGAAUCCAAGGAGCUUUAAAGCUCUGUUUUAUAGAUGUUCAGUAGGGGCAGGUCAAACAGUUUCAACAACAAACAAUAAAAAAAAUAGGAUAGGAGUGCACAGUACAAGAAAGAUAAACAAAUCACUUUAAUAAAUAUUCAAAUAAAACUAAACAAUACUCUGUGGUGCUUUCGGUAAAGUCAUAUAGGUAUAAAAAAUAAUAGAUCACGACGUUUCGAUCGCAACACAAGCAACCGUCACCAGGUGUGAAACAAACACACGGCAGGAGGACUGCUGACGGUCAGCUGAUGGUCGAAACGUCGUGAUCUAUUUUUAUUUUUUUAUACCCACGUGACUUUACCGAAAGAACCAAAGAGUAUGGAUUCCUGCCGUCACGAACGUUUCUAAUCAAGAUUGAAACUUAACAAUGUUUAUCUUACCAGGUAAAACCCACUCAACUAUUGACUUCUUUUUCAGAAGCGACCUUGGCCACGAAUGAUCGCUCGGCAAAGUAGCUUAUCACGUGGUAAUGUUUUGCAGCAAGAUUUGAAAGAGUAUCCCUGUAUAAUUUUUUACAAUCAUGAAAACUGGCGUGGGACUGCAUUGCUGUGUCGAUCUCAAAAUAACCGCUGGUUGUUUGUUGUUGUUGUACUUGCAUUUUCCUUUAAGGUCAUAAUUUCUUGUUCAAUUACGACUCGUUUGUGAGCUCUGUGAUUAUUGUUGCUGUUAUUGUAGACUUUGAAUUAAAGAUUUGUUUUUUGGGUUU